UAAUGCUUUUUAGGAAUAAGAAGCUAGAAGUUCUUAUCAAUGAAAGAUGUGAAUUAGAUAAUGCAAUGGCUUGGCUAUCUACACUUGGUGGAGCAUUUUCAGCUCUUGGAGAUUAUUUUGUUGAUUGUGCAGAAAAAGCUGGUUUGAUAUCCAUGCAACAACUUAAACUAGCUUUGAGAUUAGGUGAUCCCAUUACAAUUUGCCAGUGUAAAAUUUAUCUUGCUAUGAGUCUUUUGCAAAGAGGAUAUUAUUCAAAAGCUAAAAAUCUAAUAAGGGAAUUGUAUGAAUUUGCUAUCGGCUCUGAAGGAUCAAAAGAUUUCAGGUUGAAAAACAUGUGCAUUGCAGUGUGGAACAAACUAAAAUAUACUUUGUCGGAAAACAGAAAGAGGCGUUGUAAAUCAAAAAUUAAGUGUUUUGAGCAAUACUGAUGUAUAUAGCAACUGUAGUACAAUUGUACAUUAAUAUUUAUUGAUGUUAAAAUAUUCUAUUAAAAAUUUAAAUUUA